UCAUAAGGAGAAUGGCACAGAGCGUGGUGGACGUCAUGGAGGACUCCAAGGGGAAAGUCCAUGAGAACCUCCUGGCUAACGGAGUCGACUUGACAUCCUUUGUGACUCACUUUGAAUGGGACAUGGCGAAAUACCCUGCAAAGCAGCCGCUGGUGAGCGUGGUGGACACACUUGCAAAGCAAUUGGCACAGAUAGAGAUGGACCUGAAGUCCCGUACGGCUGCCUACAGUGCUCUGAAGAUGAACCUGGAGAACCUGGAAAAGAAGUCCACGGGCAACCUCUUCACUCGGACAUUGAGCGAUAUUGUGAGCAAAGAAGACUUCGUGCUGGAUUCAGAAUAUCUCAUCACUCUGCUGGUCAUUGUCCCCAAGCCAAGCUAUGCACAAUGGCAGAAGACCUACGAAUCCCUCUCGGACAUGGUGGUCCCUCGGUCGACUAAAUUGAUUGCUGAGGACAAUGAGGGCGGCCUCUUCACCGUAACUCUCUUUCGAAAAGUGAUCGAUGACUUCAAAACGAAAGCCAAAGAAAACAAGUUCACUGUCCGUGAAUUUUACUAUGAUGAGAAAGAAAUUAAAAGGGAAAGGGAGGAGAUGACCAGAUUGCUGUCCGAUAAGAAGCAGCAGUACGGCCCUCUGCUGCGCUGGCUCAAGGUGAACUUCAGCGAGGCCUUUAUCGCCUGGAUCCAUAUAAAGGCUCUGAGAGUGUUUGUGGAAUCUGUGCUCAGGUAUGGACUGCCAGUGAACUUCCAGGCUGUCCUCCUGCAGCCUCAUAAGAAGUCAGCCACUAAACGGCUGAGGGAGGUGCUGAACUCAGUCUUCCACCACCUGGAUGAAGUUGCCGCUGCAAGCAUACUGGAUGCAUCUGUGGAGAUCCCGGGUCUACAGCUCAGUAACCAGGACUAUUUCCCCUAUGUCUACUUCCACAUCGACCUCAGUCUUCUUGACUAGGAGGGCGGGUUG